AUGCCCACCGCAAGUGUCCUUCAAUAUGCCACCGAGUGCUUCGAAGGCAUCAAAGCUUAUCGUGGCUACGACGGCAAGCUGCGCCUUUUCCGGCUCGAGCUCAAUUGCCAGCGCAUGCUACAGUCUUCUGCUCGCACAGGGCUUCCGGCGUUCGAUCCGGCAGUGCUGAAAGAGCUCAUUUGCCAAUUCGCUGCAGUUGAAAGCCGCCGCUGGCUUCCGACCGAGCACAAGGGCGAGAGUCUCUACCUGAGACCGACACAUAUCGGGACCACUCCUGGUCUUGGUCUUCAAGUCCCCCGACACUCCACGUUGUUUGUGGUCGCCACGCGAACCUCGGGCUUUCAGACGAACGGCGCGAUGACUUUGGUGACUUCUCCGAAGGAUAUGACGCGGGCCUGGCCAGGUGGCUUCGGAAACGCAAAGUUGGGCGCAAACUACGGGCCAACUCUGGUUGCGCAUGCCGACGCCAUUUCUCGGGGGUUCGACCAGGUUCUUUGGCUAUUCGGCGAGGAAGAGUACGCUACUGAGGCUGGAGCAAGCAAUCUGUUUGUUGUCUGGAGAACUCGGGAAGGUGAAUUGCAGCUGGUCACGGCCGGCCUGAACAACCAGACAAUUCUCGAGGGUGUCACCAGGAGAAGUAUCAUUGAGCUGGUUCAGCACCAAAGAAAUGACCCAGAGUGCUGGAACGUUGCUGGCAAAGAACUCGAACCUCUCCACAUCGUCGAGAGAGACUUCUCUAUCAACGAGAUCCGCACCUCACUAGCGGAGGGGAGGUUGGUGGAGGCAUUUGCAUCCGGUACUGCAUACUUCAUUGCCCCUAUUCGUCUUGUUCGCCACCGAGACGAGGACCUCGUUAUCCCUUGUUGCGAAGGCGAGACAGGACUUUACGCGGCACUGAUUAAGGGCUGGCUGGGAGAUAUUGUGUUCGGCCGUAGCGAAUUCCGAGGAUGGGCCAGCGUGAUUGAAGAGGCCGCCGAACUGGUCUCGAACCCAAUAAUUUGA